ACCUAGAACUACUACAGAAGCUAAAGCUCCAGCCCAGGAAAAUGGUUCAUAUCCAAUAAUCACUAUAACAUAACAAUGAAUCUCAGUGGCACUUCAGCAAGGAUGUUGGUUUUUCGUUUAGCUGUAAUCAUCCAUCUUUUCCUUCAGCUGAAUGCAUCCGUUUGCCCUGAGAAAUGCGAGUGUAUUCUGAAAGAUGCCAUCCGUUGCUCUGGUCCCGGUAUCGAAGACCUGGCAUCGUUAGGUCUGCCUACCAACAUGACACACAUUCUAAUAACAAAUACUAAGGCAACAGAUUUGAAGGACAAAGUCUUUUCUGGAAUGACAGUGCUACAGCGUCUCAUUCUGUCUUCAAACCAGCUUUUCCUAAUUUUGCCUGGAGCUUUUAAAGGCUUAGUAAAGCUGAAGACCCUCAAACUGUUUGACAACAAGUUAACUCAGCUUCCCACAGGAGUGUUCGGUGAAAUGAUGGACCUUCAGCAGUUGAUCCUUGAAAAUAAUUUGCUGAAAGAUAUUGAGUGGAGCCUGUUUGACAAACUAGUCAACUUGCAGGAGCUGUUUUUGAACAAAAACCAUCUGACAGAGCUUCCUGAAGGAGUGCUAAGAAACCUCGCCAAGCUUAAACUACUGAACUUAUCCAGAAACUAUUUGGCAGCCUUGCCUAGAAAUAUAUUUAGCACAUUAACCAGACUUGAGAAGCUCGCUCUGUAUAUGAACAGGCUCAGUUCAAUAGACUCUGGUGUGUUUGAUAACCUGAGAGAGCUGCAGGAGCUUCUUCUGCAUUCAAAUGGCAUUCAGUCCAUUGCCCCAGGCACGUUUCACAAUCUCCUUAAACUAAAAAGUUUAACUCUCUCUCAAAAUAAGUUGCAGUUGUUACCUCAUGGGCUCUUUCUGCAUUUGCACAAUUUGACUAAAUUGACCUUGUAUGGGAAUCCACUGGGAUCCCUUCCAGAAAUAUUGUUUGGAGAAAUGAGGAUUCUCCGGAGUCUGUGGGUAUAUGACACCAAACUCUCAAUGGUGCCAGAUUUUGUGUUUGGUAAUUUGACAAAUUUAGAGCUACUUGUGCUGACUUUCAAUCCUGAGUUAAGUGUUCUCCCAAGGAACGUGUUCAGUGGUCUAAAUGAACUUCUUACUUUGUCUUUGCAUACAAAUAAUCUCUCUAGUCUCCCGGAGGGCAUCUUCCAGGGUCUGCAGAAACUUCAGGAGAUUUCCCUUUUCCAUAACAGGAUUGAGGUUCUUCCUAAAAACCUCUUUUUAUAAUCUCAAUAAUCUCCAGGCAAUUUACCUAAAUUGUACUAGCCUGCAGUCUCUUCCUGGAGACUUCUUUACCUCUUUACCCAAGCUGCAAGAGGUCGUGCUUGACAACAAUCCUUGGAAAUAUGAUUGUCAAAUUGCUGAAUUCAAAGGGUGUCUCCAGAGGAAUUUAGACAGUAAAAAACAAAGACAAAGUAAAAAAUGUCACGUUCCUAACUUGUGACAGUCCCGUAGCAUUAAGGAAUAUUUCUCUCUUGUCUCUACCAGAUGAUCAUUUUCACUGCCCCUCUACCACAGCCCUUCCACA